AUGACGGCGCAGGUCGCCCGCAGUCCAGCCAUGGCAUCCAUUCAAGAGCGUUCCACGCGCUUCACGCCCAAGGUGAAUGCAAGCUUUUGCAUGGCACGAGUGUGGAACGGCGGGCAAGGCGGGCAGUGCCCGAUGAUGCCAUCGGCCAGCGGCUUUGGUUUGUGCAAGACCCACGCGGAGCGCCAUGCAGCCGAGGGAUUGGCGCAUGGCCGGGUGGAUGGCACCAUUCCCUUGGAAAAGCUCGAGGAGUUCGAGAAACGCGCAGAGAAGAACGCCAUGAACAGUCCUACCUCGCCCGGCAGUCCACCUGCAAGGAGCCCUUCGCGCACUCCACGCAAGGCGCCGCCCCAGACGCCGCCGCCGCGUGCCUCCCCAGCGCCCUCGGCUGCGCCGUCGCCUUCCGCGUCGCCGGCGCCGUCCAAACGCGGCCCCAACGUGCCGUUGCCGGAGGGCAUCCCACGCUGCGAAGCGCGGGUGUGGGCACAGGGCCGUGGUGCUCAGUGCACAAAGCCGGCGGAGGGCCAGAAGUUGUGCAAGCAGCACCUGAAGGAUGCCGCCAAGCACGAGGGGGUGCCAACCCACGGCUUCGUCAACGGCGAGAUCCCGUCCGAAAAAUAUGAGGAGUUUAAAAAGAUUGCAGCCAAGAAUGGCUGGGGCACCGCCAGCCCUGACGCACCCAGUCGGAAGGCAAGGGCACCCGCGACGCCCCGUACAGCGACGCCCAAAGCCACGCCCAAAGCCACGCCGAAAGCGUCGCCGAAAGCGUCGCCAAGAGCUUCGCCAAAAUCGACGCCCAUGAAGUCUUUAAAAAGCGUGUUGAAGCGCCCGGCCAUUCGGCCCACCUGACAGUUGAAGCAUUUGGAGCAGCGAAUCCUGCUGCGAGUUGGACUGGAUUAGCACUGGAUUUUCAUUGGCGUAUACAAAGCAAUGGUCCCAACAUGACCCCUCUGAUCUCUUGAAAUCCAAGCUGGCAAUGGGAAAAUAGUUUU